AUGGAAGUUAGUGCAUCGAGCGAACAAACAAACGAUCUAGAAGUUAUGAGAAAGAUGGAGGACGAGCAUUUGCAUCUUCAGAGACAAUUUCGCAUGAUACAGACAGACAGAACAAAUCGCGUCUUGGGAGUACAUCCAAUGUUUAGAAGACAAGACAACCUACUAAGGACGUUAAAAGGAGAAUAUUUAAACGUUGCGAAGGAUUUAAAAGUAGCAAGAUCAGGGACAAAUAAAAAGAGAGAAAAAAGAACGAAAAAAGAAGUGUUACAAGCGAUUUUGUUCCGUGAGAAGACAGAUACGCAAUGUGAAGGUGGACUUAUUUUAAUGGAUCAACUGGAUGAACUGUUACAAAGGAAUCACAAACAGACUCUGCAGCUCAAGAAUUUCGUUAAUGCUUCUAUGGGAAAACUAGAAGAAAGGCGCUAUGCCAGUGAAAAUCGUCUGAUGGCCACCGAGAAUAAGCUGGAGACAGCCAUACUCAGAUUCAAUGCCAUACAAUGCGAGAACAAGAAGAUACGAGAAGAAAUUGAGCAUAUGCUUAAGGAUAGGGCUCUCUUCAACCAAGCCUGGACUAAAAUGCUUACUGCACUCAGUAAAGGAAAAAAGUUUCUCACAGAUUUAUUUGAAUCAUCGACAUUGGCCUACGACCAGAGGGAUGAAUGGUGCACUAAGUUAAAAUCUGUACAGGAAAAAGGGAAAAUGGACCAAAUGUUACAAGUUCAGGAAAUGCGAGAUUUGCAAAAAUCUUUUGAUCACGAGAUGAGGCUUUAUAACUUUCUUUCCAAGAAAGGUUUAAUCAGAAUAAAUAGAAAACAAGAAGAGAGGGAAGAAGAACAAAAGAGAGCAAUAGAAGAAGAUGUCAGGAAACAACAUGAUGCUCAUUUAAAAAUACUGCAUGAUAUACACGAUUAUACACAAGAAACGGACAUAGAUAAAAUAAUAGAAGCCUUCGAACAAAGUGAACAAAAAAGUUUCUCCAUUUACAAAAUGCUGACCGAGUAUUGUGGAGAGAACGAAGUCCUCAGGCGUGAUGUGCAACGUAUACGACAAAACUUAGAGGAUCGCAGAGACUGGAACGAAAUGGUAGAAGAGAAACGAAACAACAAGUUACACGCUUUAAAAGAUGAAUUAGAAAAACGUAGAAUGAGCGUAGAUGAAAUACGACAGAAAUUAGAAAAACAUACACAGCAAGUGAACGAAUCAAUGCGACAAGUAGAGGAAAUAUUCAACAUGCUCGAGUGUUCGUUGGACCCGUUCCAUAAUCUAUUAGGAGAUAAGCAUCCUUCGGUCCACUGUCUCAAUUUAACUUUCUGUCUUAUCAAUGAAAAAAUCAAGGAACUAGUUCAAACGGCGUAUUAUUAUGAACGCCAUGUUCAAAAAAAAAGCGGUGGUACAUCACGAUUGAAGAAGUUUACCGUUCACCCGGAACUACCGGAGUGUUGGACAGCCGUACCAAUUAAUGUGCUCGUCCCGGCCGAUCCCUGCCCAUCGUGCGUAGAAGCCCGAUGGAUGUCACGCGUAACAGACGUCCCCGAGGUACCUAUAGAUGAAGAUGGGGUGCUAGCAGCUAUUGAAGACCUUACCAAUGACCCAGCUUUCGUGAAGAGUGACCACAUUCACCCACUGACAGAGUGCCGAGUGCCCCGCAGUCGACUGAUACUGGCUAGACGAUAUAAUAUGCAAAAUUAA